GAAGAUUUCUUCGAUAUUAAACCUACGAAUAAGCCAAAAGGUUGAAACAAAUAUUAAAGACACUCCUUAAAAAAUAUUUGUGAUUUUGGCUAUUUGCCAAGUUAUGUAUGAAAACUCUCCUGCCAAAUAAAAACUCACACUUCCCCAUCAAAUACUAGGAACCCAAUAAGAAAUCACAAGAUAUAUUUAUUUUAACAGGUUACCUGUAUUCCUACCUUUUUUAAGUGAUUGGAUACUCCACUUCGUGAGAUAUGAAAACUGUUAAACUUUCACAGUCAUCUGAUUUAAUGCCUACUUUAGGAUUGGGAACAUGGCAGGCUCCUCCAGAAGUAAUUGAACCAGCAGUCUAUAAAGCUUUAGAUUUAGGUUAUCGACAUAUUGAUACUGCUUUUAAUUACAAUAAUGAAGAAGCAAUAGGAACAGCUGUAAAAAAAUGGUUGAAAGAUGGUAAAGGUACAAGAGAAGAUUUGUUUAUAACUACUAAGCUCCCACAUAUAGGUAACCGUGCAUCAGAUGUAAAGAAAUUUCUAAAAUUACAACUGGAAAGAUUACAGCUGGACUACAUAGACCUAUAUUUGAUUCAUGUGCCUUUUGGUUUCUUUUACAACACAGACACUCUAACCCCAUUAAUCAAAAGUGAUGGAGAGUAUGAUUUAGAUGUUGAAACGGACCACAUAGCGAUCUGGAAGGUGAUGGAGGAAUGCCAAAAAGAUGGUUUGAUUCGGAACCUGGGGUUAUCUAAUUUUAAUGAGCAACAGAUAAAAAAAAUAAUCGACGCAGCUAUUAUUCGACCUCAAGUACUGCAAGUAGAACUUCAUGCCUAUUUUCAGCAGGUCGAACUUAGAAAGUUUUGUACAGACCAUGAAAUUGUUGUCACAGCAUAUGCUCCAUUAGGUAGUCCUGGCGCAAAAGACCAUUUUGUGAAUAAGUACAAUUAUAGCCCUGACGCAUUUCCGGAUUUACUUGGCCACCCAAAAGUUAAAGAAAUAUCGAAAAACCACAACAAAACUACAGCUCAAGUUCUACUACGGUUCUUGAUACAAGAAAACAUUGUUGUUAUACCUAAAAGCACUAGCGAAGCUAGAAUAAAGGAAAACUCGGAGAUCUACGACUUUGAAAUAAGUAAAGAAGAAAUAAAUGAGCUAAGAAAGUUGGACAAAGGAGAAAAUGGAAGAAUAUUCAACUUUUUAUUCUGGAAAGGUGUCGAAAGACACCCAGAAUAUCCAUUUAAAUUAUGCUAGGGAUGAAAUAAUGGAAGAAAGCUUUAAAAAUAUUUAACUAGCUUAUAACAUUAGUAAUGAAUAUCUUCAAAUUCUUUAGUGAUCCAGUACUACGCAUUAUUUACUUCAUCAUAAGAAUUAAGAGAUUAUGUAAAUCACUCAAGUUUCAAAGACAAGAGUAAUGCACAUUUAA